AUGUCUGUAUCGAUAGAGAUCCAGCCACACUCGGCCUCGCUGGAUAUGUACGGCGAGCCGGACAAGUCCACCGCGUAUUCGCUUUCCGGAGACAUUGUCAUCUCCGUUUCGUCCCCAUUCACCUUCUUCGAACGUCGCAAACCCGUCCGCAUCGUACUGCAGUCUCUCACCAUGGUGUUUGAGGGCCAGUGCGAACUGAUCACCGAGGACACCGGCUAUGUCCCGUUCCGCGUCUGCAGUCUCUCGAAUGAGCUUCUCGCUGGGCAGACCAUCGAAUUGAGCAACGAAGGGCAUGAAGAGGACGACAAGCCCUGCGUCUGGAGCGUCGCAUACAACCUGGUCGCCCCUGGCUGGCUUCCGGCAUCUGCAGUCUAUGGUGACCACCGGGGCGAAGCCGGCACCCGCUAUGCGCUCUACGCAUCGGCCAAAUUCCUCACUGUCGACGACGACGCAAAUCGUUCGUGGUUCUCGGCUUGCUGUUCGUCGUUCCGCUCGCGUUCUCGUGUCGUCUCCGCGCCCGCGUGCCCCGUUACUGUGAACCGCUACAUCAACGUCUCCGGGGAGAACAGUCGCCCUACCGUUGACUAUAGCGUCCAGGCCGAGCCUCGGGCUGAUGUAGAGCUUGCAUCCAAGUUUCCUCUUCAUGUUAUGUCGAAGCUACGCGCGGUCAUCUCGGUACCAACUUACACCGACGUUGAGGACUCGUCGUUCCCUCUUUGUAUGCGUCUCCGCAUGCAAGAUCUCCCGGACGCAGAAUGCAAACGCGUUCGCUUGACCGAUUUCUCUGCUGAUGUCGAACAGUCGGAACAGUGCCGCUCGGAGCCCUCUUCAUUGUACAAGACGCUCUUUCCCGUCCCUCCGGCCUCGGAACAGCCUCCGUGCAGACCUCUGCGCGACCCCAACGCCGCUCACGCUUACUACGAUGUCGGCUUGGCAGUCGUCCCUCCGUCGCACCACAGCCUCACUGACACCCGGUCGCUCCUCCCCAGGGACUCCUUCGGCCAAUUCGCUCUCGCCGGCGACGGCUACGUCUUCAAGGAUGACGCCGCGCCCGAGAACACAUCGACGUGGUUCUCCCUCCGCACCCACAUCCCCGUCGACAACACGCGCCGGAGCUCCAAGACCGGUACGCGCCGCCUUCGCGAGACGGGAAAGAGCCCGCUCUUCGUCGUGAGCCACAUGGUGCACGUCAAGAUGACGUGCACAUACGACUUGUCGGAGGGCGGGGAGGAAGAGCCAGAGCGCGCGACGGAGGUGCUGCAGUUCAGCGUCCCGCUGCGCUUCGCGCGCAUCCAGCGCAACGCGCCUGAGCCGACCACUCUGGGCUACCUUUCGAGUCACGCACAAGUACCCUCGAUGGAUGAGCCGCAGGGUUCGUUGUCCGCGGCGCUAUUCCCGAUGGCGAGCCUACCGUAUGCACCAUCCCUCCCGGCGUACUCGCAGCUCUUCGACGCGAACGGGGACCGCAAGAUCGACUAUUCUGUGCCGCUUCCGGCGUACAGUCCACGUUCAUCCCCGGCCGCUUCACCGACGUCUUCCGUAACGAGCCUGGACCUGCUACUUGCCCCGGGCCCAAGCUCUUCGAGCAAUAACAUGCUGGACUACUCGGAAGCUGCGCUUCCUGGGUACUCCAGGGCAUGA